GAUCUCGUUUUCCAGACCCGUCUCACCAGCCUUUCAUCAGCCAUGUCAGGCUUUGAGCUCCCCGCUGCCGCUGUCCUGGCCGUCAGUGGUGCCCUUAGUUUUGUCGUUAUAACUCUCUCCGAGCUGUUCACCUCACCGCGCAGAGGAUACGACAAGGUCCUUACUAGCAGGCAGCUCGGCGAAGACAUUCAUACGGUCCACGACCCUUUCGACAUUAGUCGGCCAGAGGACGAAAUUGAAGGAUACGCUAUCGAUGAAGAUGCAUUCUGGAAUAAGGCGCGGCUUCGCAAGCGCUUCUUAUCGAUCAACCUCGCCGUCGUCCUCGCCUUUCAAUGUAUGGGGCUGGCUUACUCCUACAUUCACAGUGACGUCGCGAAUGUUUUGGUCUAUAUUCUACAGGCGACAUAUGCUCUCUAUACCGCCGGCCUUGCUGCGUUCUCGAUUUACCAGAGUGUAGUCGAUACUCACGCCAACUCCUUGGUCCACCUUUCUGCCCUUACCUUCCUUCCCACUGCGCUUUUGGGCAUCUUGACUAUCCUCCCAUCCGCGGGAAUGAACAAUAUUGUGCUGAUGCAACACACGCCUGCACCUCUCUUCCUGAGUACCCUGCGUGCUGUAACAGUGGUGGGUUACUUCUCGGCGGCUGUUCUCGCCUGGUCAACUCCGACCGGGCCUGCGCUCUUCUAUCCGCCGGAGGACAUCUACACAGAUAAGAUCAGCCAGGCCACCACGAAUCUCUCGGACGAGAACGUUUGCGGAUACAUGGGAGCCUCGAGCUGGAGCUUCAUGCUCUUCUCGUACACGACCAAGGUCGUCAACAUCGGUUACAACUCUGCCUCUUUGGACAUCGCAGAUCUCCCGAUUGUCCCCCUCACUAUGCGGAGCACAUAUCUUUACGCUCAGAUGAAGACCGUGAUGCGUCGCACACGCCUGCGUUUUUGUGGGUGGAGGCCACGCCCAGGCUCUGGUUGGCAACUCAUGUAUCGCCUUAUUCGGGCGAACUUCAUUGCUCUUGUUGCGCUUCUCUCGCUGGCCGUUGUGGCGGCGGUGAUGUACUAUGCGCCGCCUUAUUUCCUCGAGAAGGUUGUCCAAUACCUGGAGUCUGACCCUGAGAGAUCGGAUCGCGGCUGGGGAUGGUUCUACGUGCUAGGACUGUUUCUCUCGAACGCGUUGUCUUAUCUUAUUUCCAACCAGGUGUGGUCGCUGUCCACGACGACGACGCAUUGUCGUAUCCGUGUGCAAUUGAACAGUAUCCUCUUUGCCAAAACAUUGUUACGAAAAGAUGUCGCAUCAGCUUCAGCUCCGCAGGCGCAGCAAGGCGAUAGCAUCGUUGUUGAGAAGAAAAACGAGGAAGAUUUCUCAAGCAAGGCCCAAGUGAUGACCUUGAUGACGACGGACGUGGAUCGCGUGAGCGAUUUCGCAUGGCAUAUGUUCUCCCUCGUAGAUGCGCCGAUUGAGAUCUUGAUCGGCACCCUAUUCCUCUACAGACUUCUUGGUGUCUCGUGCUUCGUCGGCCUGGGUGCGAUUAUGCUCUUCAUCCCUCUCAACCACUACGGCGGCCGUGUCCUGGUGAGAGCACAGGAGAAACUCAUGAAAGCCCGUGAUGAGCGCGUUUCAUUGAUGAAUGAGAUCCUGGGGGCCAUGCGAAUGCUAAAGUUUAUGGCUUGGGAACGCAGUUUCGAGAAGCGAGUAAUGCGAAUCCGGGAGAGAGAACUUAGAAGUCAAAAACGCACCUUUUUGAUUGAGGUUCUGUUCAAUGGCCUUUGGGAUGCGUCGCCCGUUCUGGUUACUAUCAUCUCCUUCUGGCACUUUGCGAUGGUCCGACAACAGACUCUCACACCAUCAAUUGCGUUCACUUCGAUUCAGAUCUUCAGCUUGAUGAAAUUCGCGCUGAAUGCACUGCCUGAGACAUUCAUCAACAUGCUUCAAAGCUUUGUGUCGCUCCGUCGCAUCGAGAAGUAUCUCCAAGGAUCGGAGGUCAAAGCAGUGCCUCUGUUGAGCACUCAGCCAACCAACGUAUCGUUGAACAACGCGACAAUAACGUGGCCGCGGGAUCGCGGACAAAGUUUGAGUGCUCCGCCGUCGGCUGCUUCUACGCCACGAUACAAAUUCUUGCUAUCCGACUUGACGCUUUCCUUCCCCACCGGAGAGCUAUCCUUGAUCUGCGGAAAGCUCGGUAGCGGAAAGUCUCUGCUUCUCUUAGGGUUACUGGGCGAAGCCGAUUUGCUGACUGGCCAAAUCAUCUGCCCUCGCUCGCCUCCGGAUAUUUUGGCUAGCUUCGCACGUGAAAGCGCUCACAAAGAAGAUUGGAUUGUCCAGGGAGCGUGCGGCUACGUACCACAAACUCCGUGGCUCCGGAAUGCCUCGAUCAAAGAAAACAUCUUGUUCAACCUCCCAUACAAUGAGGAAAGAUACCGGAAAACUUUGAGGGUCUGUGCUCUCAUGAGCGACCUGAACAUCCUCGAAGAUGGGGACGAGUCUGAGGUCGGGGAGAGCGGAGUAAAUCUUUCAGGAGGACAGAAGGCCCGUAUUUCCCUCGCUCGGGCGGUGUACUCGCGAGCGUCUGUUCUCUUUCUCGAUGACGUUCUAUCUGCUGUUGACGCUCAUACGGCCCACCACUUGUACUAUGAGUGCCUCAAAGGAGAGUUGAUGCGCAGUAGGACUAUCGUUCUGGUUUCCCAUCACGUCCAGCUCUGUUCUUCGGGCGCUAGCUACGUUGUUGCUCUCGACAAUGGUCGUGUCUCCUUCCAGGGUACUCGUCAGGAGUUCUACAACUCAUCGGUCAUGAGCAACUUGGUUCACUCUGGUGAUACUCUCGAUGGGAAGGAACAACUUGAAGAGAUCGUUCCAAUUUCGUCCGAGUUUGAUGACACCCCAGCGCUCACGCCUACAUCGGAGAUCGGCUCCGAUUCCGCGUCGACGAUUGUUAACGGAAGCGUGGAUUUCACAGAGAAGAAGCCAGCUCGUAAAGUUGUUGAGGAGGAAAAGCGCGCUGUCGGCCACAUUGGGAAGGACAUCUGGGUUGCCUACGUCCGUGCAUGUGGGGGAUGGGCAUAUUGGCUCCUCUUCGUGCUUUCCUUGCUCAUCGGGGCUUUGAGUCCUGUUCUGGAGAACUGGUGGCUAAAAUCAUGGUCAGGAGCUCCCGAGGAAGAAUCCGCCAGAAACGGCGCCGGUUAUUACAUCAGUAUUUAUGCGGGAGUGACGAUCGUUGGACUCAUUCUCACCGUAAUCCGCUUCUGGAUACUGUACGCUGGGUCAAUCAGUGCUUCCAAAACUUUGUACAAGAACCUUCUGGAGACGGUACUCCUGGCUAAUCUUCGGUUCCACGACACUGUCUCUCGCGGACGCCUCUUGAACCGCUUCGGCAAAGACUUCGAAGGCAUCGACAGCACUAUGUCCGAUAACUUCGGUCGCAGUGUCAUGUACGGGCUCGCGGUAUUGACCACGAUCAUUACAAUAAGCUCUGUUGGCGGUAUCCCGUUCUUCCUCGCCACUCUUGUGCUUGGAUAUAUGUACUACCAAGUUGCCAAGGUAUAUGGUCAGACGUCAAGGGAUAUGCGGCGACUGGAUUCUGUAACGCGAUCUCCUUUGUACUCUAUCUACGGGGAGACAAUCUCUGGUGUUACAGUUAUUCGUGCAUUCGGCGCACCAUCAAAGUUCCUUCGCGAUAUGCUUCGCUGCGUAGAUACGAAUGCGAAUCCUUACUACUGGAUGUGGAGUGUCAACCGAUGGCUCUCCGCCAGAUUUAACCUCCUGUCGGCGGUUCUUGUCGGCUUGACCGGUUUCGUUGCUGUGCUCUAUCCCGGCAUCUCAGCGGCGCUAGCCGGAUUUACUCUCAGCUUCGCAUCAAAUCUCACUAACAAUCUACUGUUUUUGGUACGGCGAUUCGUUGCUCUCGAACAGUCUAUGGUUGCCUUGGAGCGCGUCAACGAGUUCACCCAACUGAAGCGCGAAGCUGCUGAGUUCACUGAGCCACGACCUUCUGUGUACUGGCCUGAAGAGGGCGCGAUCUCUUGUCAGGAUCUUGUCGUCCGCUACGCUCCCGACCUUCCGAACGUGCUUCAUCACCUCAAUUUCGACGUCCGACCGGGCGAAAAGAUCGGUGUACUGGGUCGGACAGGUUCGGGCAAGAGUACCCUCGCCCUUUCCUUCUUCCGCUUUGUAGAGGCGACGGAAGGCCGCAUUGUCAUUGAUGGCAUCGACAUCUCGCAAAUUGGCUUGACGGACCUCCGAAGUAAGCUGACCAUCAUUCCCCAGGACCCUACUAUCCUGAGUGGUACCCUCCGGUCAACACUCGACGUCUUCAACGAAUACGAGGAUGCUGAGAUUUACGAAGCUCUCCGUCGCGUCCAUCUCAUCGCCUCCUCAAAAAGUUCGGUAGAGGACCUCAGCGGUGACGAAGAUGCGGAAUUCAACGGGAACGUCUUCCGGAAUCUUGACUCGCCGGUUUCCGAAGGCGGCGAGAACUUCUCCACCGGCGAAAAGCAGCUCCUCUGCAUGGCUCGUGCCAUCCUCAAGCGCUCGCGGGUACUCGUUAUGGACGAAGCGACGGCCAGCGUCGACUACGCUACCGAUGAGCUCAUCAGCAGAACCAUCAAACAGGAGUUUGCUUCGAGCACUAUCCUGACUAUCGCACACCGUCUGCGAACCAUCAUCGACUACGACCGAGUCAUGGUCCUCGACGAGGGCCGUAUCGCCGAGUUCGAUCGCCCCGCGACGCUCCUCCAAGACCCAACAUCACACUUCUACUCCCUGUGCGAGGCCACUGGCCGGAAGGAGUUUGUGACUCUGAAGAAGCUGGCUGGACUCUGAUGAAAAGACCGAAACGCGCACUCUCAUACCAUACCGGCGCACUAAUCACGCACAAAUAUAGAUUUGCAAGU